AUGGCAGCAUCGCGAUUUGAUGCGUUGGAGUCGACCCAAAUAGACCCAACAUUUGCGCUUAUGACUUCUUUCAAAGGAGACCCUGCACCCGAGAAGGUUAAUCUUGCAGUCGGUGCUUACCGCGACAGCCAGGGUAAGCCAUGGGUACUGGACUCGGCAAAAGAGCAGCUCUCAACUGAUCCUCUUGAUAAUCACGAUUAUCUUCCGCCACCUGGGAAUGCAGAUUUUCUCCGCUGUGCCCGGGACCUACUCUUUCGUGGAGCUUCGUAUGAUGAACAGUGGCACAAAGACUCAAACAGGAUUGCGUCCGUUCAGACAAUAUCCGGAACUGGUGCAAAUCACCUUGGAGCCAGGUUUUUGGUAGAUGCUCUUCGUCCCAAGAGAGUAUGGGUUUCUGAUCCAACGUGGUCUAACCACCACUUAAUUUGGCAGUUGGUUGGAUCACAGCUAGAUGAUUUGCGACCACUGGAGAUACGAUCAUACCGGUAUCACAACACCUCAACCCACACGUUGGAUUUUGAAGGCAUGAUCUCGGACUUGGAGCAUGAAGCAGAAGCGAAUGAUGUACUGCUACUACAUGCUUGCGCACACAAUCCAACAGGCCUGGAUCCUUCCUCUCAGCAGUGGGAAAAAAUUGCCGAUAUCUGCCAGAAAAAAGCACUAUUUCCCUUCUUUGAUUCAGCAUAUCAGGGGUUUGCAAGCAGCUCGCUCGAAAAUGACGCAUUUCCAAUUCGACACUUUUUCGCUCGCAAUCUAGAGCUAUGUGUUGCGCAAUCAUUUUCAAAGAACAUGGGCCUAUAUGGUGAGCGCGUGGGUGCGUUUCACCUUGUAACCUCGUCUGAGACAGCAAAGGAUCAGUCUUUCAGAAGACUAGUCCGGAUCCAGAGGGGAGAAAUAUCCUCUCCUCCAGCAUUUGGUGCAAAGAUCGCUACCAAGAUUUUGUCUGAACCAACUUUGUUUCGGCAAUGGGAGCAAGAUUUGGCUAAGAUGAAUACUCGGCUGCAGGGUAUAAGAUAUGAAUUGUGGAAACAAUUGACCCUUCUCGGAACUCCGGGAAACUGGGAUCAUCUUCGCACCCAGGUCGGUAUGUUCUCUUACAUAGACUUGAAUGGAGUUGAAAUGGAGUUGCUGAAGACGAAACACCACGUUUAUGGUAUGCCUUCGGGCAGAAUAUCAAUGACUGGCGUGACCGAUGCCAAUGUGGUAUAUGUUGCUAAAGCAUUGGAUGCAGUAUGCCGCGCAAGUUUAAAUAGUUCGUGCUCUUCAAGUUCGCCACAAAUCAAGCGUUAA